CGGGCAGCGCUACAGUCCGUGGUAAAUUCAGCAGAUAUCAUUCUAGCUGCACGCCUGAACGCCAGUAAAACAGCCUUAACGCUACAAAAAGGUGCUUUAAACUCCCUGACAGCUCAGUGCAGUUCAUUCAUCAGAGCUGUAAGGAGCUGCGUUGAUUUCCAAGGUGAUAUAAGAAAGGAGAUAAACAGAUAAGGAGGGCGUGCCAGCGGAGCCAGGCGAGCAGUCAAGCUGCUGCUGCGGGAGGACGAGCGGGCGAUGCACCAGCCAAAGCCAAAGGGCAGGAAGAAGGGGCAAAUAAUAGUAAAAAGGUAGACUGUCCGAGCGGAGGUGAGGUCAUUUGUGAUCUGAGCCACACAUAUCAGAAACCAGCCUCUCUUUGCUGCGGGACGGGGAGGAGGAUGUGAGGGGGAGCAGCGGAGAAGAAGGGCCGCAACUGCAAGAACCACAAGAAUAUGCUCUCGGAGAAGAUGUGCAGGAGGAGCGUCCAGCAGCAGCAGCUCCAGAGGCACGAUGCGAAGGAGGCUCCGCUCAGGGACGUCGCCAGCCGCAGGAAGCAGGGCUGGUCCAAGAGCUGCAGGGGGCGCCUGCAGGUACGGAGGACCAGAGGAGGAGGAGGAGGGGGGCCGAAGGGGCGCAAUCACCAGCACCCCCCGCGUCACCGUCCCCGACGCGUCCAGAGGCCCACGCUGUCCCUCCGGCCCGUUAACGUCAAGGGGAACGUAGCGAAGGGCAUGCGGGCCCCCAAGAACACCAACCAGUUUCUGAUGCACGAGAAGUACCAGAUGCUGCACAUGCGCUCCGACUCGGUGGGGAGCGACAGCGGGAGCGGUUCCGACAGCGACGCGGAGCUCACCGACAUGGACUCGUACCUGGGCGUCCUGGAGAACGCGAGGGGGGCCCUGCUGGACAGUCCGAACCCGCACGGCGCAGCGACGCCGCCGCGACGCUUCCUGCUGCUGCACGAGGACGGCCUGCGCGUGCAGGAGGACAGCAUGCAGUACUUCCCGUCCGAGGACGACCUGCUGCAGACCCAGAAUUUCAUGCAGAGGGACUUCGUUGAGUUCUGCGACAUCCUGACAUCCUGAAGGGAAACUUUCAUGGGGCCAAGUUGUGCUCCGCAGCGAGACUCGAACCUUAAACUGAACGAGGCCAGGUCUGUUCUGCUCCGUGUUCACAGAAAAGAAAUGAAAUGCUCCAUGUUCUUUUGAGCAUCUGCCCUCAGGGUCAGACCAUUACAUUUCUAACCAACAGGAAGAACCUCAGAUAUUUUGUAAAUUUCUUAAUAGACCUGUAGAGAUCCUGUGUGACGGUAAAGAGCGACGAUCUCAUCCUGUUGGCAUUUUUCUUUUGACUUUUUUAUUAAAUGCAGGACUAAGCACUGUUUUUACAGCUGAUGUUUGGACACUGUCUGUUCAAGAACAGUGCGUGUGCGUGACGUAAAGUGCUGCCUCUCUGGUGUGUGUGUGUGUUUGUUGUUGUUGUUGCGCACAAAGGGAAAUGGGCGGGGUGAUGGGAGUGUGCCCAAGCAGCCAAUCAGCGUUAAGAUGGUCGUUCACCCUGCAGACAGUUGGCUGAUCCAGGCUGUCAGUCCUACAGGGCCUUUUUACUGUACAGAAAUGUAAGAAUAAAAGCAUUUGACUGAUGGAA